CAGCGAUAUUCUAAAAUCAAGAAAGAACAAAAAUGGAUUCCGAAAAUAAGAUUGCAGAAACCAUGCGCUCCAUUGAAAAUAUGUGGCGACUCUUCUAUGAAGACCAAAUAUCAAGAAAUUCUCCAACAUUAGAUGAGGAUACACUUGGGUUUAAAAGGGUGAUAAACAAUAUCGCGGAGCAUGCUGUUCAAUCCCAACUAAAGACGAUUGAGGAGAAAUAUUUUAAAUCUCUUCUUAAAAAGUGUCCGAAUUGUGGAAAAAUGAAGAAAGCUGGAAGGAAGAUGGUUAUUGCAGUAGAUGCAGCACGAAGGUUUGCAUAUUUUGGAAAGCAUCCUCAACAACCUUCGUCCGUUCAGUUGGUUUCUGGCUCUGUCAAGGAUGACCAUUCCGGCAAUCAACAGAAGAGUGUAGCCACUGUUCCAAGAUUUCAAUCUGGUCAGGAAACAGUGUAUGCACUUGAGAGACAUUCAAAGUGAGAAGAUAUUCCAUAUGCACAUGAGCAAAAAUUGAGUCCAAGAAUUACGAAGAAAAAUGAGACUCAACAUAGAUUAUCUUCCUCAAAGAAGAAAAAAGUUGCACCUCGACAGAGAUACAGUGAUUCUUAUAACGAUGUCAUACUGGCUCCAACAUUGAUGCGAUUCGAUCCAGAUAUAGUAGAAUCAUAUUCAGAUUCCUCGAGUUGCUCUGGAAGUAGAAGCCGGUCAAGGUCCAUUUCACCUGCGAGGUCUGCAACUUCCUCAACUGGUUCGAAUUCUCCUAGUAGAUAUCAAAGAACAUCGUCGUGGGAGUCAACAUAUUCGACAUAUUCUGCUUCGCCAUCUGGUUCCGCUGCUCCAAAUACAAGCUACAACGAGUAUUCUAGUGGCAAUGAGAGGGAACCACAUCCACGAGGCAGAACGCUGGAUCCUCGUCGCCGUUCGCCACAUUAUUCAUGUAGUUCCAGCAGGUCUCCUUCAUGUAGUAGAUCACCAGAUGAGGUCUACUCACACAGGAGGAGUCGUGGUUCCAAUGUUCAUCCAUCAAAUCAUUCCACUGACAAGGUGGGAUGGUUUAGAAGAAUAAAGAACAAGCUUGGGUUCCAUCAUCAGCAUGACCACCACCACCAUCCCGGCCGUCAUAAUUCUGGGGUUUCAUCAUCCAAGGAGGAUGAAACUGUCCACGCUCAGCAUCGCUCCAUUCCGAAUCCUGUAAGUAAUGGUAAACU